AUGGUCCCGCAUUCCAGUCGUUCAUCUGACCGGACGAGAUCACCCUACAACUGGAGCAGGCCUUCCUGGAUGAUCCACGACAGAGUCGGCCGAACGGUGUGGGCAAUCAGCCUCAGCAACAUCGUUGGAGAUGAGACAUACCUAAAGAGGACUGCUGGCUCGGAAGAAACGAUUCUGAGCAAGUCUGACGUUUUGCGCAGACAUUUUAACCCAACAUGUCUAGAUAAGUUUGGCUUCGAGGAAUGCCAUGGCUCCAGCUUUCUUUUCAAACGAAAGGUUGGCUGGAAGGAUUCGUAA